GAGGGCAACACAUUAAAAUGUGCUAACAUAUAAGCUCUAUGAGUACAUGGAUCAUUGAGGGAGAAAAAACAUUUUGCUAUCAUCCCCACAGGAGGAUUCCCUAAUCUCAGGGGAGAACAUGUACCAGAGGGGUUUCAUUACCUUCUCUUCUUCCAUACAUGUUCUAUGCUAGGAAGAAAUUGCUGCUGUUCCGGUUUUCUCCAAUGAGCGACUGGCCAUGGGCUACCAACGGAGUCCUUGGCAGAGCAAAGUGCCCCUUUUUAUCCCUGGCAGGUUCUAGUGCUGGAGCUGGCAGUGGGGAAUUCCACGUAUACCGGCACCUUCGGCGGAGAGAGUACCAGAGGCAGGAUUUUAUGGAUGCCAUGGCCGAGAAGCAAAAACUGGACGAGGAAUACCAGAAGAGGCUUGAAAAGAACAAAAUAGUCGCAGAGGAACAGACAGCCAAACGUCGAAGGAAACGUCAAAAAUUGAAAGAGAAGAAAUUACUGGCAAAGAAGAGUAAACUUGAACAAAAGGAAGAGCAAGAAGCUGCCAAUUCUGACAGUUCUCAGAAGCAGCAGACCAGUGAAGAGGAGGAAGACAGAGACGCCUCCGAGGAGGAGAAAGAGGAUGAUGCGGAAGAGGCCAGUUUUGUGAUGGGGAGAUGAUGGUGCCAACUCUGCAGUGGUUUUUCACUUGCUGUCGAGGAGCCUGGAUGGAGCCUGGAAUUUGAGCUCAGCAGACUUCAUGGUGCUGCUCUGCAUCUUCGCCACGGCAGAAGUGGGGCCAUAAGAACCCCCCGGGGAGUUGCCCUUAGAGCCGAGCCAGACAGAAGUUCCUUCCAAACUUGCUUGUGUAACUGCUGUGCAGCCUAUUACAGGGAUCCUGGGGAAAGGCUACCCACGUGACCUCUCCUCGUCUUCCUGGCGUCACUCCAAAUUGUUGUCUGUCUGAAAGCCAACGUUUUAUCCAUCUGUGUCAGGCAACCCCCUCCCUGAGCGACCUGAGUACACACACGAGUUUAAGCGACAGAGCGUGGAAUAGGAGUCUGAAGCAGAGGAAGUGUCCGGACUCCUCCAUGACAGGAGAGAGCAAAAUGAUUUGGGAGUUUCCACUAGGCUCCUCUUGAGCCCUUGUGGUGAGAAGUGGUUCACCAGGAUGAUAAAAAGUUUGCUCUUUUCAUUGCUGAAAUGUGCUGUAUACUUUGGUCCUGAAGAGUUUCUGGGAAUAAAAAGGAAAACCUUUG